UUUAUUUUAAAGUGGCGGUGGUAGGGGAGGGAUCAAAACCCCAAACCAAAGAACACGACGGGCUCCUUCUCCGUCUCAUCCCAUCCGUCCAAAGUCCCCGGAUAGCACAUAACAGGCCCAGGACCUUCCAUCCUACAGGUCCUGUCCAGCCCAGCAAUGCCCACUCCCCAGGCAGGCCCAGCAGGGGUUAUAUAAAGGGCUUCCCUACCCAGAACCCUUUGCAGAGAAAGGAAGUCCCUCCCCUGCAUCUAGACUAUUGACAGGUCAUCUAGCCAAUCAGCUCUUUCACCCGCUUGGUUUAUAAGGCCUUCCCCUCCAUCCCACCGCUCAGCUUCAAGGGGCAGAGAUGCCAGUGGGAGGAGGCGGCUGGUCCCAGCAGCUCCCGUUCUGCAAAGAACUCUUCCAUGUCCAGCUGCAGGUCCCGCAGGUCCUGGAUCUCCUGGGCGAUGGAGUCCAGUUGCCAGAGAAGCGCCAGCUCCGGCAAUGCGGGGCCUUUGCCCGCCGUCCGUACAGCAGUGCCGCCUCCCCGGACCCUCAAAAGGGCGGCAUCCUUCAGUACCUCUGUAACCGGUUCUAUGACAUCGAAUACCUCGUCGGCUGGAGCGCGAAGCUUCACUUCAGAAACCUGCGAAGGAAGAACGCGUACUACGGUUACACCAAGGACAUCUACGGAGACAACGUUGCCGCUGCCUUCUUUGUCCUGUCCCACAGAGGAAGAGUGAGGUUUCAAGGCCAGGAGACCUGGUUCUGUGUGGACCAGCGCGGGAAGUACAGCUCCGAUUUCCUGCAGCUCCGAGACGUGCCUGUGGUGGCCAUCGACCUCACGGGCUCCGUGUUGAACUACGAUGGGCUGGAUAACCUAGUGAAGCUGACGGCGCUGAAAUCCCUGGACCUGAGCCGCUGCCCCCAUGUUGACGACUGGACCCUAAACCGGCUGCAUGUCUUCAAGGACAGCCUGGAGGAGCUCUCGCUGGCUGGGUGCCCCCAGGUCACAGAGCGGGGCCUGGCUUGCCUCCACCAGCUCGAGCACCUGCGACGCCUCGACCUCUCGCACCUGCCCUCGGUGCCCACCCCGGGGCUGAUCCGCAUCUUGGUGGAGGAGAUGCUGCCCCGGUGCGAGGUGGUGGGGCUGGGCCCCGGGGACGGACUGGCCCCGGUUUCUGGCGCCCAGACGAGCAGGGACGGAAGGGAGGAGCCCAGCGUCCCCAGUGAGGACAGGAGAGCUGGCGAGAUCCCUGCCUGACGCCCGGCUGCCCUGCCCCUGGCUUUUCCCGAUGCUGAUGGAAGAGGGUGGGAAGAGAUGGCCGCAAGACGUGCUCCCCUCCGAUCACGGACCAUGAAGAACCCCAGCGUCGCCGUAGACUUGUGGGUGUGGCUGGGCGGUCCGGGCCUCCCGCUUUGCUUGCACCUAGGACAGGGCUUGCAAUCAGCAGGACCGCGCUGUGGUCAUUAAAGACCCCUCCCUGUGCUG